AUGGACUCGAGUAACGACCACCCCAAAAUUGUUAGAAUAAUGUCAGAAAGUCUCGCCAAGGAAAAGAUAGAACAGUUCAAAGGUCACGCGUACUCUACGACGCAUCAUGAUAGAAAGUACCUUCCUGGCCUAGACACAUCCACGGAUCGAGUAUUUCCUAUUCGUUCUGUCGUGUCAUCGAGCGGGUCUGCGCCUUUUCUGAGGGGAGGCGAAGCCAAGCAGAUCAAAAUUAUCAAUGAACACCCUACAACACCUACCAAUACUAAACUGCAUGAUCAUUAUAUCGAGAAUCAACAGACUGGGUGUGCUACACCAUCGAUGCCGACACCAGGGGUGCAACAACCCGAGAUUUCCGCCCAGCGCAAGAAAGGAACUGAGCCAAACACUGAAUCUGUCACUCAUCAAUAUAAGCACGAGAUAAUUGAUGGUGGACACGCUCUCAUCACGGGACUUAGUAGCUCUUCUUUUCGAUGUGGGGACGAUCCAAUCCGCACUCCGGGUACUAUCCAGAGCUUCGGGGUAAUGAUCGCCAUGCGCGAAGAGGCGCCAGAUGUGUUAGUGGUGCGGGUGGCCAGUGAGAACUCAGAGCAGUUGUUGGGGUACACGCCAAAACAACUAUUUGAAUUGCCAAACUUUUGCGACAUUUUAAACGAGAGCCAGUCCGAUACGCUCCUUGAUCAUUUGGAACUUGUGCGCGAUGACGCGUAUGACCCUAGCACUACAGGUCCGGAGGUCUUCCCUUUGUCAAUUCCCACACCAUCUGGCGAGAUCAAUCGAUUCUGGUGUGCGGCUCAUAUCAGCGAAUCUCAGAAAGACAUUAUAAUUUGCGAGCUUGAGCUAGAAGUCGACAAUGUCAACCCGCUAAACAACCCAGGAGAAGAUGCCCCUGCCACCCCAGUCGACGUAUUUACUCCUGCUACCCCAGUCAACACAAUGGGUCAAUCUUCUACUCCCGAACAACUUGCCAUCAGUAACAUCAGUAUUAGCCAACCAUUACGAAUUUUCCGUGGCGCCAGACGACGUACGGGCGAUAAUGUAACAGAGAUGUUCAGCGCUCUCUUCCAGAUCCAACAGCAAAUUGAGCGCGCUGAUAACUUAGAAGAUCUUCUGAAUAUAACGGCCGGGUUGGUUAAAGAGCUCACCGGGUUUCACAAAGUGAUGAUCUACCAAUUCGACAGUAACUGGAGCAGCCUAGUUGUGGCUGAAGUAUCCGACCCCAGAAUGUCUGUUGAUCUUUACAAGGGACUUCACUUUCCGGCCUCCGACAUCUCUGUUCAAGCCCGGGAGCUAUAUCGAAUCAAUAAGGUCCGAACAUUUUAUGAUCGAGACCAAGUAACCUCCCGACUUGUCUGUCGGACGCUCCAGGAUCUCGAAGCGCCUUUAGAUAUGACCCACGCGUAUCUACGAUCCUUUUCACCUGCUCAUGCUCAAUACCUCGGCAACUUGGGCGUCCGCUCAUCCAUGUCAAUCAGUGUCAAUGCCUUCAACGGUCUUUGGGGCUUAAUAUCAUGUCACUCCUAUGGCACAGUAGGGAUGCGUGUUUCAUUUCCUCUCCGACGAAUGUGCUAUCUAUUAGGUGAUACGGUUUCACGAAGUAUAGAACGGCUUUCCUAUACCUCGCGAUUACAGGCACGAAAACUGAUCAAUACUGUUCCAUCAGAAACUAAUCCGUCUGGUUAUAUCGUUGCUUCCUCUCAUGAACUGCUCCAAUUAUUCGAUGCCGACUGUGGAGCACUCUGUAUCAACGAUGAGACAAAUAUCCUUGGCAAUGGCAGCGAGUCGUCCCAGGAAAUACUCGCCCUUGUAGCAUACUUGCGAUUGCGCCCGCUUAGUUCUGUCCUUGCAACCCAUAGCAUUACUCGGGAUUUCCCCGAUUUACAAUAUGGUACUGGCCUAAAGACUAUUUCAGGCUUACUUUUUGCACCACUAUCAGAAAAUGGCAGUGAUUUUCUCUGCUUGUUCCGGAAAGCCAAUCUUACAGAAAUCCAGUGGGCUGGUAACCCCUACAAAUUUGGUCUCAACCCUCGUGACGAUUUUACUCCCUGGCGUGAGACUAUCCUCAGUCAGGCUCGUGAGUGGAGUGAGUCUGACAUAGAUACUGCAGCUACACUUUGUCUUGUAUACGGCCAAUUCAUCCGAAUUUGGCGCCAAAGGGAGGAUGAAAGGAAUAAAUCCCACCUCUCCCGCAUGAUGUUGGCCUGCUCCGCAAAUGAAGUUCGCACGCCACUGAACGCCAUUAUCCAUUACUUGGAGCUAACUCUAGAGGGCAACCUGGAUCCUGAAAUUCGUGAAAGUCUCAUGAAGUCACACUCCGCGUCAAAAUCCCUCAUCUACGUGAUCAACGACUUACUCGACUUAACACGGACGGAGAAAGGCCAAAACUUGGUCAAAGAUGAGCAAUUUGACCUUCGGGCAACAUUUAAGGACGCUGCAGAUAUGAUGGCCGGGGAAGCCAAGACGAAGAAUAUCUCGUAUAGGGUAGCAGUUUAUCCUGGAGUUCCCGAUUCUGUGCUGGGCGACGAAAGGCGCAUAAGGCAGAUGUUCUUGAAUGUGAUCUCCAACGCCGUACAGCAUACUGAUUCAGGUGCUGUCACUGUUGAGAUGUGGCCUUCAAUCACGCAGCAGAGAUUACCUGGCCACGUCGCCAUCGAGGCCGUGAUCGUUGACACUGGAGUUGGUAUGUCUAAAACUAAAAUGGAGGCUCUUUUUCAGGAACUUGAACAAGUUUCAGAAUAUGAAUAUGAAAAAUACGUGCCGGAAAAGCGUGUGUUGGGUCUUGGACUUGCUUUGGUAGCAAGGAUCAUCCACAAUACGCAAGGCCAGCUUGGUGUCCAGUCUGUAGAAGGCAGAGGCAGUCAAUUUAGGCUUAUUUUACAGUUCAAACUACCCAACAGCACUACAAGAGCAACCCACGAGGAAUUAAGACCUGUUGGGUCCCCAAUGCUGCCCACACCAUGCGUCUCAGACCAUGAGUUCACCUUAGGUGCUAGAGCCUCAUACGGCAACCUUGAAGUGCCAAUGCCUGUUCAGUCCCCUAUGCCACCCACUCCACUCACCUCGGACCAUGAGUUCACCUGGGAUACUGUAGCCUCACACGGUAGCCAUGAAGUACCAAUACCUACUUCUUCCACUAUGCCGCCCACGCCACUUGACUCAGACCACGAGUUCCCAUUAAAUCCUGGAAUCUCGGAUGAUAUCCAUGAACAGCGGAGACAGAACAUUGACAGUAUUCGCAGUGAAGGCAAUUCUCUCAGCCGAGGAAUCCUCAACCAUGCUGAUAGACUCAUUAAAGCUAUGCAGGAAUCUUCUAAUGAUCAAUUGAUUAAAUGUGGAGGUUCGGACAUGAUACAAAACACGCAACCAACCAACCCUUCAAGUCCUAAGUACGUCUUGUCGCCGUUGGCAUCACCUACAUUGGUCUUUAAGUCAGGAAACCCCACGGAUGGUCAUUUUAGCGGGCUUUCGGCCAUGAAGAAACCCUCACCGAUGGGACUGCAGCCGCUCAAGACCCCUCCCACUCCAGGCACACAGAAUAUCACAGGAUCUGGUGUUCCGAUGGGUUCGCUUCAAAUUUCCAAUCAAGACGUCAAGUGCCAACCUAGACUCACGGAAAGAACGUCAUACUUUCCAAUGAUGCCGAUCGAAGAAGAGACAUCUUCCCUCCCCUUGAUGCCUGCUGGGGAACCUAAAACACCAAAGCUCAAAUCGACUAAAGAUCUCGUUUCACCAAUGGCAAUAGCACCCCCACGAAAAUCAAAAUAUCUACACGUGCUUGUAGCAGAGGACGAUAUCAUAAAUAGCAAGAUCAUCCAGAAGCGUUUGACAAAUAUCGGGCAUACAGUGCACCUCACCAGCAACGGUAAAGCUUGCGCACAUGCGUACGAGCUUGACAGCUCGUCCUUUGAUAUCGUCUUGAUGGAUAUUCAGGUAAGGGUUACUUAA